AUGUUUUCAAUCAAGAAACUGGAAGAACCGAAGAAACGUGACAGAAGUCGUUUCCAACGACACUCCAGUAUUCUUAUAUGGAAAUGCUACCUACAAAGACAACGAAGAUGGAGGCUGCUGGUAGCUGAAACCUUGUUUGCCGGUGUGCUAUUUCUCAUAGCAGUAUUCACAGCUGUACCCGUAUUCCUAACGCCAUUACAAACAGAACCUGAACCUCCUCUCGCCUCCUCUGAUCUCCUGGCAUCAUCAAGAAACAACUUUAUAGGAUAUGCUCCCAAUACAGAGCCUUAUAUAAGUAUCAUGUUGAGAGCAGCAGAACUGUUGCAAACAAAUAUAAUGAAUGCGGCCACUGAAGACGAUCUUAACAAUAUAUUAUAUAACCUUUCUAUGGAGAAGCCGAUUAACAACUCAGUUAUAUGGGUGGUUUGGAAGCCCAAGGAUGAGAAUAUGUGGAAGUUCAGCAUAAGGAGCACAGAGCGUGCUCGGUAUGUGAGCAGCACAGAGAGCACAGAGUACCCGAAUCCUCAUCUGCGAGCUGGUUUCCUGGGUGUGCAGACGGCUGUCAGCCAGGCAGUUCUAGAGCACGUUAGUCCCACGAUACCUAUGUACGAGCUAAGCCUCGUGUCAAUGCCAGUAUCUCCAUUGAUGCAAGAGUAUCAGGUACGAAAAACCAUAUCCGGGAUUCUGCUGAUUUUCACCGUGGCUCUCAUACCUCCCGUGCUUGACACUCAAGCCCUCGUCGUGAAGGAAACACUAAGCCGAUUAAAGCGUGCAUUUCGCAUACGACACGUGGAUUACUCUUCAGUAUACGUCGCCUGGCUGGUCUACGCUUAUUUGACAGCUUUCCCGAUCUGCCUCCUUGGUGCCAUUACGCUGAUCCUCAUAUUCAGAUGGAUCCACCUUGUCUAUGCCCUGCUGAUACUGCUCGCGUAUGUGUCCGUGAUGAUAAUGCUGGCUCUGAUCAAUGCUAUGUUUCAUAGCAAAGCGUCCAUUGCCUGUCUAUGGAACAUCAUGUUUACAUUACUGCAGAUGUUCCUAGCAGAACUAUUGGUGCACCAUAAAUAUAAUUUGACGUAUGGUCCUCUCGCGUUCCUACUCCACGUGGUGCUUCCACCAUUGGGACUUGUGCACGCCUUCAAUCAAUUCGCACUUUUGCAAACUGGACGUGGUGCUACCCUCGGCGAUAAAUAUUCGCUUCUAUAUACUGUAGGCUCUUGGACGUUUAUAAAUGCACUUUAUUUCGCAUUGUUGAUGAUGUUACAACGAACUAUUGGACAGGAGAGAGCUAUAGGCGGUCAGGUGUCAUGGAAGUCUAUAAUAUUUAAGAAAGUUGAGGAUGUCAAUAAACUGCACCAUAUCGAAACACCGACUGGUAGAGAAAGAGAAAAGUUACAAGAAGUAGAUGAAUUGGUUGCUAAAGCCAUAAGUUUCCGCAAUGUUUCUAAGAGCAUAAUGAAUGUACCCGUUUUAAAAAAGAUCACAUUAGAUAUUUACCGUGGUGAGUUCACAAUAUUGAUGUCGGAACGGGUUGAAGAAAAAAUGCUUAACACUAUUGAAGACUUGUUGACAGGAUUGACACACGCUGAUGAAGGUACGAUUAACGUACUCGGAAAGAUACUGAAACCUGGCAAAAAUUACAUGAUCGCUCCUAACAUGAUGGGUUAUUGUCACCGAUGCGAUGUUGUUAUUGAAGAUUUGACUGUGGAAGAGCAUCUCAUUCUAUUUGCUGAGUUAUGUUUAUGGAAUGAGUCGAAACAAUAUGUGACCGAAUAUGUACAUAUGCGCUGUAAAAGUCUAUUCGAGGAGUGCCACCUGGAUCAAGUGAGGUACGAGUACGUGAAGCACUUGGACGUCUACUACCGUGCACAGUUGUGCUGGGCGAUAGCUGUGCUAUUGGAGCCACGGGUGAUUAUUAUACCAUACUUUAUUGACCAACCGCGGUACAUAUCGGUCAUUAAGCAUAAAAUAAUGCAAUAUAAGAAAUAUGUAACCAUAGUCAAGAUGGGACAUUCUAGUUUGCAAUUAGAAUAUGCUGACCGUGUGUUUCACUUUGACAACAAACUCCUCGUUUUUGGCGGGACACCAGCUUAUAUGUUUUUUAAAUAUGGUCGAGAUUACCGUGUACGCAUGACGUUCCAAAGUGGUGGCAGCAUUGACAACGAAAAUAUAUCUAGUUUGUUGGAGCGCGCUGAACAGUCUGGCGCUACCGUGAGAGCUCAUCUUGGAUCACUUCUCAUACUGCAACUGCCGGCCACACCCACGGCACAUGUGGCAGCUUUGGUCAAAGAUCUAACUGACAAUGCAAAUGUAUAUGGCAUGACGUCAUUUAGCAUCAGCGUACCGGACUCCGAGGAGGUUUGCAGACGGGCUGUAAAGGAAUCGAGAUUAACACAGCACGACAUUACUGCAAUACGUGAUGGAAGCUCAGUAGCACUGAAAAAUAUUUCAGAACCUCGGCGAUGGAAACGAACCAGCACAUUGUUUACAAAUAUAACUCAAUUGAGAGCAAUUGGAUGGAAAUAUUGCUCGUUCUACAUACACUUCAGAUUUUAUUUGAUUGUCACGGUAAUAUCUGCUGUGGUUGCUGGUGUGUUUAUUGGAUUGUCUUUGUCUACUAUGUUGUUUCAUUUGGAGAAGAAUCGUGGCGCUGAAAAAAUGCUACAUGGCGAGGUACUUACUGUAGAGGCAUUAGAUCGCAAGACAACACUGGUACUACGUGCAGACAAUUCUACAGCUGCCAGAUCUAUUGCAAAGGGUUAUGUUUUAUCUCAAACAAAAGCGAAGGAAAGUGAAAUAGAAGACAUCAUGUAUACAGCUCUGACGCACACUGAGAGUCUCACUGAGUAUUUAGUUACUAGAGCCAUAGACUCGCCCCAGCAGUACGUAUACAUGUAUGCUUAUGGUAUGGACGUCACAACUGAUGCAACUGGCUCAUUGAUUGUUCAAGCACUAUAUAGUCCAAUGCAUCACGACCAGGGAGCGGCAGCUCGCUCCCUCUCUCGAGUGUACAUGGCUCUGAUAAGACACUACACGAACCAGUUGGAUGCCUCCAUCGAAGUUACUGAUGAUCCCUUAGCAUUGGAUUUGACUCCGUGGAUGAUGUACGCCAGUCAGCCGCCGUUGCUAAUUCAAUUUCUUCUCAUAGUGAUGAUAUCCCACAUAACGCUUAUACCUUCUAAAGAACAUGGCAUAAUAAGGCACUUGCAGAGUCAUGCAAUGAACUUCUCUCCAGCGCGUUACUGGUUCAGCUUGUACUUCUAUGAUCUGAUCUUGUAUUGGGUCCUUGUAGGCAUGGUGACUCUUGUUAUGGUGAUCAUUAUGUACCUGGUUUUGCCUAAAGCACAUUUCCAAUAUGGAGACCUAUUGGUAGUACCCUUGCUACUCGUCGUCUACGGACUGGGUUGCAUACCGCAAGCUUACUUGUUCAGUAUGGGACCACGUGCAGCUCUUAAUUCCAUGACUUUUGCCAUAGUCAACAUUGUUUUUGGAGAAACUACGGUACUAACUAAAUUAUUAUAUGGGAGUGCUCUCAACUACGCACUGUAUUUCAUGAGAAUAUCUCCACAGUUCAACUUUUCGUUUGCUCUCGUGAAGAUCAAACAGAUAUUCCUCUAUAACAGCGAAUGUAUCAUAUUUAAGACGAAGAAACUCUGCUCUGCGAAGACACUUCAUAAGUGUUGCGAAAAAUGCGGCGUACUGCAGAAGUGUUUCGCUCGGAAAAGUUACCUCUCACAAUACCCAGGUAUAAUGAACGAGUUGAUUUCUAUAAUUGCCACCGGUGCUAUAUUCAUGACAUUGCUCAUGUUGUGGGAGUACAGACUAAUACAGCGGGCCUGUUCUUAUGUCAUGUCACUUUUGGGACCACCAGAAAAGUGUGACGAGGAAGUAGAGUCAUUAGGAGUGAAGCGGGAGAAGGUAGACGUACAAGACAAGAUUGCGCAGAUGAAAGCUAAAAGAUAUGAAAAAAUCGACACUUUCGGAGAAUGUCUUUUAGUUGCCAAUGUAAAUAAAAAAGAGGAUGGAGUAUACGUGGUGCGUGACGUGAACCUUGGUAUGGAUAAAGGCACCGUCAUAGCUCUCUCGGGUCUCAAGAGACACGGACGCCUGGACCUCCUUGAGGUACUAGCAGGGUACAAGAUGCCCAGCAGUGGUGUACUCUGGGCGAUGUCCCAGUGGAGAUUGAAUGUUGAUCCGCACAUGUAUUGUAAGCAUAUAACAUUGAGUUGUGCCCAAAAUUCGAUUCCCACAUGGAUGACCGUGUACGAUGGUCUAAAAUUACUGGCAAUACUGCGUGGCGUCCCCAAACGGCAUGUUGAUGAAGAACUGAGCACUUAUAUUGACGCACUUGAACUGAAGGAGCUAGCAAACACGUUAAUUUGCCGCAUCUCGACCAACGACCGCACCCGUCUUCAUUUCGCUGCGGCCGUUAUUGGAGCACCCCCUAUAAUCAUAGUGGAUGAAUGUACCGCUUACCAGAAUUACUCAGUUCAACGGGCUAUGUAUUACAUUCUGUACCAUCUGAGAAAAAGAGGACAUUCCAUAUUCGUCAGCUCUUCCAGCGUUGAAUGCCAUUUACCGAUGACCAAACAACUCGGUAUAUUGUUGGACGGUCGCAUUUACGACAUUGAUAUGGUAGAUAAUUUGGUGGAGAGGUACGGCCAUAAAGGGUACACAGUUGUGGUCCAUAUAAAAGAUGAGAUUGAUGCCAAUAAAAUGUUCGCUGAACACUUCAACAAUUUUGCUAUUAAUGACACAUCAGAGGUUUUGGUAAACGUUCAAGUGCUUGACGAUUUGACUUGGGCGGUCAUAUUCGAGAAGAUGGAAAUCCUACAAUCGCAGAAUCCCGAAGUUAACUCCUACAUAGUAACAGCUAUACCUAUAGAUUACAUUUACAAUUCCAUUAUAACAAAUGAAAGCGGUCUCAAACCAGCUGCGGAUUUCUUCUCGUGUUCUUAUUACAGAAAGUUUUUCUCACAGACGGCAAGGAAAGUCCCAAACGAAAGUGUAUUGGCCGAUCUCAUACCUUUCGAAAAGAAGUACGAUAUUACAAAGCUCAAUGAAUUGCCUUGGUCGGUAAUAUUUAAUAGACAGAUGGAAAAUGAACUGUGUUAACAAGUACUAUGGUAUCAAGUGCAUUGACAGGACAUGUGAUAGAAGCCCUUAGUUUUAAACCCUCAGCACCAAUCCAGCAUUAAGCAAGAAUUUUUUUCUCGUAAGCGUAUAUACUCUUU